CGCAGAGUUCUCAAGGUUGCUCCUUCCUCUCCAUUGCCGCCAAGAUGUAUACCCACCUAUUCAUACCCUUCCUCCUUUGUUUCGUUGUACAACUAGUGAGCGUGUCGUCCUCGCCACUUGUCGAACGUGCAGCUGCAACAUGUUCUGCAAACGAUAUCGCAACAGUGAAGCGCACAACUCCGGACUCUGUGUAUUUUUGUCAAUGGUGGCAGCAAGCCCUGCGAAGUCCGCGCACUGCAUCACCCUUUAUGGAGUUUAGCCCCACUCAGGUCGAUGCUCUCUGCAAGUGCAUCUCGCCAGUCGCGACGGGAGCCAAAUGCAAGCGCAGGCGCAAGCGAUCGAACAUUGAAGAGAGAGCCGAUGCCGCCACAACUCGAUCUGCAUCCUCUUGUAGUGCUGAAGUCAGCGCACAGUUCACACAGCCGUGGCGCUUCUGUACUUUCUUCACUUCCUACCCGAGAACUACAUCGCCAUUCCAGAAGUACACUGCAUCCGCUUUGACUAGUUUGUGCAAAUGCGCGAUUACCAAGCCUGCCUCUACAACUAGCAAAAACAAGAAAGUCACCACAACUUCUAUGAAGGUCACUACAACUAGCAAGAAAGUCACUACAACUUCCAAGAAAGUCUCUACCACAUCAAAGAAGGUUACCACGACUGCUCAGAAGAUCGUUACGACCAGCAAAAAGGUUUCGACAACAACCAAACCUACGACAGUCCAGAAGCCUGUAACAACUAGCACUAAGAAGCCGACUACAACAAGCACUAAGAAGCCGACUACAACAAGCACCAAGAAGCCCACGACGACAAGCACCAAGAAGCCCACGACGACAAGCACCAAGAAGCCAACCACGACGAGCACCAAGAAGCCCACCACGACGAGCAUCAAAAAGGUUACAUCGACAAGCACGAAAAAGCCUACUGUCACAAGCACGAAGAAACCUGCGACUACGUCGAACAAGCCAUCGUCAUCAAGUACUAAGAAGCCUACCACAACGAGCUCGAAAAGA